AUGCAGGUUUGUGAACCAGACUGCUUCUAUACUAAGAGAACUAGCAAUUACUUCUUGGUGCAGCUUCCGAGCCCGCAAUGCUGCUUUGAUAUUGCUUGUGAGUGUCUUAGUGUAAUGAGAUCUAUUUUGUUACAGUCGGGGGAUAUUGAAACGAACCCUGGUCCUGAUACUGAUGCUGUGCUUGCCGAACUGAAAAAACUGUCCGCUCGCCAAACCACAAUAAUAGCCGACAUGCAGGGCCUUAAAAGCCAAUGCACGGCUACAAGUGCUGCACUCGCCAACUUAAGGAAGAGGUUAGCGGAUCUAGAGGGCCAUUACCAGAAACUACUACCAAUGCAAAUCGAGAUACAGACUAUACGGGCGGAUACCGAGCAAACAACAAGACUUGUUCACGCUCUGAAUGCCCGCGUUGACGAUGCAGAGAAUCGCUCAAGGCGAAACAAUCUUGUGUUUUACGGCCUUCCUGACACAGCAGCAUCAGAAACGUCGGCCGCGUCUGAAGAAAAAAUUUUACGUCUAUGCUCAGACCACCUAAACGUGCCACUUGAACCUCAAGAUAUAGAGCGAGCGCAUCGUGUUGGUCGCUAUUCUGUUAAUCGCCCGCGUCCACUAAUUGUUAGGUUUAAUCAUUAUAAGAAAAAAGAAAGGGUGCUCUCAAAUGGGCGCAAACUUAAGGGCACUGACCUCAGCAUGGGUGAAAAUUUCUCCCCAGCGGUUAGGAACGCCCGCAAGCAACUUGUUUCCUUUGCGAAAGCCAAAUCUGUGCCAUUUUCUUUGCGCUUUAAAACUCUUCUAAUUGGUUCUAAGCGCUACGUGUUCGAUGACGCAUCGCAAACAGUGAAAGAAAUAUAGCAGUCAUCACAUCAUCAAAAAACAAGCCACCCCCCUCGAACGAAACCUAUAUCGCAUGUUUCCCUUUCAAUAAUUUAUACUAACAUACGAAGCUUCAUUCCAAAACGAGAACACGUGUCCAACCUCGUGCUGUCGUCCAACAGCAACGUUCUUGUACUCACGGAAACAUGGCUUUGCAACGACGUCUAUGACUCGGAAGUGUUGGCUGAUUUGCCAAACUUCAGCGUAUUUCGAAAAGAUCGUGCCGGGACUAGAGGAGGAGGUGUGCUUAUUGCCGUUAGUCAACAGUUGUCGUGCUCUGCUAUAAACAUCACAUCAGAAUUGGAAAU